GUAGAAGAGCUGCCGGGACGGAGGUUGAGAAUCAUGGCUUCCCACAGAGCCAGUACCACGUCUGUUCUAUGCUGCCUGGUAUCUGCCCUGUUAUUCUUGUCCGCAGUGGCUGAGGACCAUCUACACCCCCAUGUAGAAGAGGGGCACCAUGGGGGGCCUCACUUUGGAAAGAGCGUAGUGCAAGACAAAGAUCACAUCAUGGAGCAUUUAGAUGGAGUUGUUGAAAAACAAGAAGCAGAAAUGUCACCACAAGAGCUGCAGCUUCAUUACUUUAAGAUGCACGACUACGACGGCAACAACCUCCUGGAUGGGCUUGAGUUAGCAACUGCCAUUUCUCAUGUGCAUAAGUCUACAGAAGAACCAGCUCAGACGAUGAAGGAAGAAGAUCUAAUUAAUCUAAUCGACGAUGUUUUAAGGGAUGACGAUAAAAAUAACGACGGCUAUAUUGACUAUGCUGAGUUUGCACGAUCGAUGGAAUAGAAACUGUGAAUUUUGCUUUUUUUUUUUUUUGUUUUGUUUUGUACCAAAUGUGACUGGAGAGAAAUGUGAUUGGGUUUGUGCUGCUGUCGAUUCGUCUAUGUGGCAAAUCAUAUGGGCGUCAGUAAUUUAUAUGCAUUGGCAUUCAGCAUCUGUUCUAUAUGUUCAAUGUAUGUUUGUUCCCUGAAAUGUGUGGGUAAAUGUGUAUAGUUUUGUGUUUGGCAUAUUUAUAUGAAAGGUUGUGCAAGUUCCCCUUCCCCCCUUCAAAAACCUAUGUGCCUGGUUCUUAUUGGGCAGGCUUGGCUCCUGAUUAUUUUUAAUACAUUUUCCCUUCCAUUGGGGAAUAAAGCAUUAGGCUAAAUGCAUAAAUUCAAAAACAGGUAUGGUAUCCAUUAUCCGGAAACCCGUUAUCCAGAAAGCUCCGAAUUAUGGAAAGGCUGUCUUUAUUGAUUAUAAUCGAUUUCCAUUUGUUUUAUUGGUAAUAUAAAAGUGGUGCAAGGGUCCAUAUAGUCACAGGGGCUUCUCCAACGUCUUGUUCCCCCAUCAGAUAUUGCAGUUUCCAUUUUGGGAAAGCUCUGCUCCUCGCCCCACUGUUUUCAGUAUUAUAUUGAAGGAUUUACAUAAUCUUCUCUUGAAGGGCCACUAAAGCUAAAAUACAAGUUGCUCCUAUAAACAUUUCUAAUUAA